AUGAGAUUAACAAGUCUAAGGACACUAGAUGAGUAUCAUGUUUGCGGCAGUGACAACAAUGAAGCACUGAAACUGGGAGACCUGGGAACCUUGGAAGGUGUUUCUGAGAAUUUUCAAGGCAAGGAGAGAAGAAGCAACAGUGUAGAAAUACUGAAUGCCUUACGACCGCACCAAGAUUUGGAGUAUUUAGGCAUAAGGUUCUAUCAUGGCACCACUGGUCCCGUAUGGAUGAUGUGUUUACGCAAUCUGAGAGUCCUUAUUCUUCAUAGAUGGAAUGAAUGUAAGGUUUUGCCUCCUAUUGGUAAAUUGCCGUCCCUUGAAAGACUGAUCUUAUCAGACAUGAGGAAAGUGAAAAAGGUUGGAGAUGAAUUUUUGGGAAUAGAAAAUCAAAGAUCAACAAAAUCAUCCUCAUCUAAAAUUGAAACACCUUGGACUUGUAAGCAUGUGGGGUCUGCAAGAGUGGGAAGGAAUGGGAUGGGUGAAGGAAGAGCAUUCUGA